CCUGUAUGUGCUGAGCUCCGCUUUCAGAAUAAAUCAUGACAAUUCACUUUGUGUUCCUCUGCCUUUUCGCAGGCUUCAAUCGGACACAGUUUGUGUUACAGUUUUGAUGUUGAAAGCAACACGUAGACCCUCCCACUGAAAUUUUCCCCAAGAACUGUGCUAUGGAGUCAUCGGCUCAUCCACGUAAUACAUCUAUCUUGCAUCUCACGCCCUCUUCUCUCUCCCUUGCGCUCCCUCCCUUCCUCUCUCCCUCUCUCUCUCUCUCCUUCGUACUUAAAGCUUAUUGUGGCCAAAUAGGCUUAGAAUCAUUGCUAUGGCAACCGUAAAUCAUUAUCAAGGAGUGAAAGCUUCACGAAGCUGUGAUCUGCCGAGGUCCCUUGAGAGAGUGCAGCCAGCCUUGAGCGACAAGUGAAGGCAGGCACAGGCUCGCUGGGGUGCAGCGAGCGUGAGGGGGGGUGGCACCUCGGGACCACCGGAGAGAGAGGAGCCCGCGGAGCCAGAGCUCACAGCAACACGCUCUCGAGCAGCGCAUGCGGCAGAGCAGCCGUACGGUGGGCGCCGGAGCUCCCCCUCACUUUAAAAGUCACUUCGGAAGAGUCCGGGUCGAGGACAGGAACCAGGUAGGCUGAGAGGUUUAGCACGAGGGGCUUUGCCGGUUUCACAGCAGCCAGCGUUGCAUUACUUUGUGCAAAAACACAGGCGAAUGAGAGCUCUGCAGUACAGCUGGUUUGUUAAGAUCCAUGCGGACAGAUGUUGUGUAGCGUUACUCCUAAGGGUUGUCUGACAUGGACCAUAUCAUUCAAUUAGCGACAAGGAGUUCAUUGAGUUACGCAACGUCAUAUAGACUGGUAUCCAAGACAAAAGAAUGCUUGUCUUUAAAAGUACAUCUGAAAGAGCAGAUCUGCGGCACAGUGGUAGUCAGAUCAUAUUUAUUCACUAUGAUGUAUACAUUAUUUGGGAAUAUUUCCGUUUCCAAUAUUUUCUGCCUCUGUAAAGAAAUUCUUUGACACCUUCUGUAUAUGUGAAGAAAUUAAAUAUUGUCGUCAUGAUAAAAGCGAAAGGAGCACUAUAUUUUCCAAAAAAGAAAGCUUCACAGCCCAAAAGUAACAAAGCAUAUGUGCCCUGUUUGUAAUUAUUGUAUAACUUAUGAAUAAACAAUAUAGCACAUAGCUAAUGUCACUUGCACACACCAGUAGGUACAGUACAUGUGCUUUACAAACAGAUAUUGCUACAUACUGUAUAUUCACAUAUAGUGGACGCAGCAAAAAUAGCAUUGCUUGAUAUGACCGUGGAUUACGUGUCAUGUCUCAGCAGGUAUAUUGAUAAUGUUCGGCUAAAGAGGAUGGGAAAGAGUAAAAGACGUGUGGCAGAAGCUGUAAUGUAGACUUUGCAUCUGCAGCGGGAAGGACGCGGAAUGUCGGCGGCAGGCAGCGUCGCUGGUGAACGGGAUUUCGUUUCUUCUUUUCUAACUGAUCAGGCGAGGGGUUCAGCCAAAAGUCACAUCUGUUUGUAAACAUCUGAUCAGAAAUGACGUGCAGAAGACCUUCCUCCCAUCCCUGUCGAUCUCCUCUACGGGGGGAGCAGGCCGUAUACAGGUCUGUAGCGCCAGAUGCCCGCUGACACCUUGACCUGAAGAAUCCCUUUAAUGGGCUCUGAUGAGGACUGCGAGGAGAGAUGAGUCAGUGUGAUUCCAGCUGCUCUGUUCAUCACUUCACACCUUUGAUUUCAUUGUAAAAAGCCUUCGCUCUUCCUGGUAAGCACACAAACUCUUCUCGUAGGAUCUGGUUCUCUCUUCACCUUCAGGGACGUGAUCUUCAUGGACCCAGAACGGUAAUGCCUUGUGGCCACUAUGGUAAACACCUUGAGUGUUUGCUGUGUUACUUCCAAGAUGAGCAGAAAAAAGGGUAUUUGGCCCAGUGUAACAAAGGGAAGGUAUUACAUAGAACGCUGCAGGUUUCUUAGUUGAUUUUCACCGAAUCCGGCAGAAGUUACGGGAAACUGCUUUUCCGAGGCCCGGCGGGGCGCGUAACGGUGACAUUCGCUUUCCCGCGUAACCGCGACCCGGAAGUUGGAGAGCAGUGACUGAAAAGUGGCAGCGGUGUCCCCGUUUCCGUCCCGCAGGCGAGGCGAGGUGAGGCGAGGGGACGGCAUGGCCUCCUGGUUCGGCUGGAGCGAGCCCUACCCCCGCAGCGCUCGCAGGAGUCCGGCCGAAGUGGUGACCGACACCUUGAUGCUGGAGCUCAACUGGCAGAUGAAGGAGGCGGAGAGGCAACAGCGCGAGCGCGAGAACGAGUACCGGCGGCUGAAGACCGGCGUGGACUACAGCUGGCUGGCCACCGUGCCCCGCACCAACUAUGACAUCACGGCCGGGGAGAGGCUGGGAUUGGAGGACCUCUGCGCAAAGCUCCACCCCUCUUACUGUGGGACCGUCAUUCUCAGGUUCCGGCAGGUGAUGGCGGAGAACGAGCCCGAAGUACAGGAGGUGUCUGGUCUGUUCCGCUCUGUUCUACUGGAGGCGCUGGACCGAAUGAAGGAGGAGGAGGAAGCCAAGAGGCUUUCGCGUCAGUGGAACAACAAGCGGUCUGUGAGCACAUCGCUCAUGAACUUCAAGUCGCGUGUCAGGAUAAACCCCUUUGGCAGCAGCGAGGUGAAGACGGUGUCAGAGGAUGUGGAGAGGGCCCAGGAGAGCACCGAGCGGGCCAAGCGGGUCUGGAGCAUGCCCGAGUUCCACAACAGCAAAGGGGUGUGAAAGGCUGGUGGGGAGCUGUGACCACAGAACACGUUCCUGCAGCAGGAAUGUGAGGCUCGGGAGCAAGGCGGACAUGAGCCUACACACCUGCACCUCAUAGGGACGUUUAGAGAUGGUAUAAAAACAAGGCUAUUGUGUAUAUUUAACCUUUUUUGAUAAAUCACUUUGAUAUAAACAAUUUUUGUAGAUUAUAUGAGUGGCUGACAAGUGCUCAAUUUUUUGGAUAUUUCAGAUGGGAGAGUUUUUAAAAAAAAAAAAACUAGCUGAAAACUGACUAGUUUUUUCUUGACACUUUUUUAAGGACAGCAGGGACAUGGCACAACAUCCUUUAUAGGAUGUUGCAUACAAAUAAAUAAUAUUUUAGGAUACAUAGCCCAGCUUUAAACUUUUGACACAAUUUUAUAGCACACUUUAAAACAAUGUCACACACCUCGUGUCCUACCAUGUUUAUUGCUACUGAGCAAAUGAAACACGAACAACAUGCUGUGUGAUUACUGGAAUUCACUGUAUAAAUCUGAUCACUUAAUUGUAUUAUAUACAACAAUUAAAGGUUCACGUGGGACGUUCCAGGAAUACAGUAACUGCAUGUGGAGUUUGAUGGGUGAACUUGGGAAAAUCCAAUAAAAAUUUGGCACAUCGCAUGCGGCGGCUCAUAAAGCGGUAAGACCAAUGCCAGUGGCUUAUGACGACAACGGAUGUCAAGUUAUAAAGAACCAUACAGCAUGAAUGGACAACCAGCUGAAGCUCAAAUAAUGAAAAUAGGGAUAAAACACUGAUUUAUUAGACUGAGGAAUAUUGUACAUAGAUUCUAAUUGAGGACAUAUGUCACAACUCAGCCUUCUUUCAUGACUACAUUUUUGGUUUCGUGUAUUCCAAAAUAUUUGUAAAGAAAUCACAUUUAUACUGUUAAAGGGGUUAGGUGCUGUAUAUUUACACAAAUUUAUGACAGCAAUGGUAUUUUAAUAUCUAAAUGUAGUAAAAACAAUUAGCCCUGGGUAACACACAUUAUGGUUCUGUCUGAACCUUUAUCCAGCUCUUACAAACUAUUGUUUUUUUCUGAAACCAUUCCAUAGAUCUUUGCUCUAGUCCUUAUGUUCUGUUACAAUAGGUCUAUGAAAUACUGUAAAAUAAAAAACCUAAAUCCAAAAAUA